GUCGUGCUAAUAGUGGAGUGUUGCAGCCUUUCAGGCAAAGCUGAGGGAAGACAUGCCAAUGUUAAUUCAAUGAUGCUGCUGGAGGUCUCAGCAGAAAACAAACGGACUGUCAACAUAGAAACAUGGCUGCUUCUGCGACGAGCAGGGCGAAUAACAGAGGUAACGCCACUAAAGACAGUCCGAGAUGCCAUGAAGAGUCUUUGUCGCAGUCACGGGAAAUAAUUAAACCUACCAUCACGGAGCUGACCAAAGAAGUGAGGACGAACAUCCUCUGCACCGUGGAAGGAUGUGGCAAGAUUCUCCCCAACACACCUGCAUUGAACAUGCAUCUUGUUAAGUCACACAGGAUAAAGGAUGGUCUUGUCAAUCCUACGGUCAGAAAAGACAUGAAGGGCUCUCAGAAGCUCUACUGCUGUCCAAUUGAGGGUUGUCCCAGGGGGCCGAACAGACCCUUCUCCCAGUUCUCCCUGGUGAAACAACACUUCAUGAAGAUGCAUGCAGAGAAGAAACACAAGUGUUUUAAAUGCAACAAUGGCUACAGCACUGAGUGGGACCUCAAGAGGCACAUAGAAGACUGUGGGAAGACCUACCACUGUACCUGUGGCUGCCCCUAUGCUAGCAGAGCUGCUCUCCUCUCCCACAUCUACAGGACAGGACACGAGAUCCCUACAGAACACAGAAUUCCUCCAGUAAAAAAGCGAAAGAUGGAGAAACUGUUAGGAGGCUCUGAAAAGGUAAAGAUAAACGAGUCGACCUGUCGGAUCAUGUCAGUGAGUCAAGAGCUGACAGACACUGCUCUUUCUUCUCACACAACCAUCCAUAUCCAGGACUCGGGGAAUCAGAGUUCAAACCCCCGUAAGAGCCUCCAGAAGAUGCUCCUCCCAAAGCCCAAGAUGGCGCUGGUCAGUGUUCCUGUGAUGCACCUGGCCCACCUGCCUGUCCUCCUUCCAUCUGCAGAAGGGGGGACUCUGAGGUCUGUCAUGCUGGCAGUGGACAGCCAUGGCUCCGUCCGCACCCUUCACCUUCUGUCACAUCCCCAAAUUGAUGCUAAGAGUCUGUGUUUCAAAAAUAGCAUGCCUACGUCCCGCUCCAGCCUUGGGCCUAUCAGCACAGGGGUACAGGUCAGUCUGGACCCUGCAGAUGACUCAGCUAGCCUGGCAGGACAUAGAGUAGGAAGCACCUCCACCAACAUUCAGACGGACAAAUCAUACUUGUCGAAAAUGCCAACAGGAGUAGGGGUUGGUGAGGGCCUGGCAUUGUGCUCUUUGGGUGAGUCCUCGGUGUCGUCCUGCUCCCAAACAGACAUCAGCGUGAGUGCCCAAGUCCUCCUGCCAGUCAGCGUUGAAACACAGACAUUCCCCCCCCGGGCCAGAGCCACAUCUUCUAUUGCGGCUCAGACAGACAGCCAGUGCACGAGUCAAAUUCCCUGCUCCUCCUCAUCUCUGCCCCCAUACAAAACCAGGCAGACGCAGACAUAUGUUUUUGUGCCACAGCCAGAGGAGAAGGUGCAGGACCAGGCCAUCAUGUGCUCCGACCUAUUCGACAGCGUCUCCACUCAGACCGCUCUGGAGAUGGACGACACCCUCAAUGCUGCGGGAGGUGGUAUGUGUUUUGGGGUGCAGACUGAUGAGCUCAACUCAAACAACAUGGCAGAUAACCAGACCCAAACAAUGACCUUGUUAAAUGACCUCGAAAAUAUUCUGUCCGACAGCAUGUCAGGCCACCAGGUGCUCUCAGUGGCCUCUGCAGGCUGUGGAGCAGGUCUGGGAUCUGUUCAGGAGCAACACACUGGCAUAGACUUUGACUUUGAAGAGUUUCUUAAUGCUGUGCACAUCCAGACCCAGACAGAGGAGAGUGAGCUGGGAGGACUGGGUGGGGACACGCCUCUGGAGUCUCUGGACAUCCAGACCCAGACUGACUUCCUCCUGAUGGAUGAACUGGACCAAAGUGAGGGACCAAGUCGGACCCAGGCCAGUGACCUGGAGCUAUUUGAUACUCAAACUCAGACUGACCUCCAUUUCCUGUUGAACGCCGGAAGCCACAUGCCCCUGAGCAGCAUCUUACGACAUUCAAGCUUUUCCAUGAGCACUGAGUCUUCAGAUACAGAAACACAGACUGAUAUCCCUUCAUUUGCAACAGGUCUCUCUGCUCCGACUCCUCUGAGUCAGGGUGAGCAGGCCCGGCUGCUGAACAGCACAGAGACUCAGACUGUGACCAGCCAGUCAGACAGCCUGGGAAACCUCUUCCUAACUAGCAACGAAACACAAACCGUCAUGGAUGACUUCUUGUCAGCAGACCUGGCCUGGAAUAUGGAGUCUCAUUUCAGCUCCGUGGAAACCCAGACAUGCGAGGAGCUCUGUGCUCUCCUGCAGAACCCGGAGAAACCCAACAGCUGAAGCCCUCUUAGUGAAGCUGCUCCUGCAGUACAGGUCUCUCAUGCCGUUCUGUUCCUGUGAGAGGAAUCAGUCCCUGCUGUCCUCCAGCGGACCACAGUCCUAGCAGUUAGCCGUCUGCGAAAAUGUCUUUGAACAUUCCACUGUAGACAUCUUGUCCAGAGCCUUUCCAGGUGUACAUCCUCACAGCUCUCCUGCACUUUAUUAGCUCAAUGGGCAUGAUUUGAUAGCUCCUGUGACCGUUUACAUAUUUAUUUGCACAUUAAGUAACAUAUUGUUUGUGUCUUCUCUUAAAUGCCAGUUUACUUCUAUGUUUCAGUGUAUAACCAAUCUGAUUUUCACUCUGGUCUUACUUUUGCCAUUUAAAAAUGACAGAUUUCAUCAAUGUUAGAUCUGCACUAAAAAGGGAUAACAUCUUUAGCUGUGCGUGACUGUCAAGAAAACUGGCGUAUACAAAGGUUAUGACAGCAUUCUGAUGUGCAUUUACUGCAUGAAAACAAUGUCAUCUCAGCAAACAACAUUUUGCAUUGAGUUUACGUACAUGUUUUGAAAUGUGCAUGAAGCCUUUACUUGGUCAGCACAGUCACAUCAUAUAUCUAUUCUCAGCUUGCUCCCUUGUUGAUAGUGGUUCAUCAGUGGCAGCAAGACUAUAACAUCUGAAUAACAUCCUGUGAGCUUUACAGCCAGUGGAAAACUUGACUAGCUUUAUGUUUUCCAAAACAAAACCCCAUUAAACCUUUAACAGUGAACAAAGCAUCGCUAAAAGCUGUUAAGAGGCAUCUCUGAAACACACCAUUACUCAUGCAGAUGUGGCACAAGUGAAAAGUAAUUGUUUGUCUUAUUGUUGCACACUUUUCAUUGAAAUGUGAUUGUGAAGUUUGAUGUUGUGUAAACACUUUUGUGUGUAUGGGCCUCUAUAGCUAAGCAGUCUGUUCAAAUCAGUAAGCAGACUAAGCUGUCGGUGUCUUUGACUUAUUCAUUAGCUAGCUGUUAGAGUAUACAGUAGCAGUGCUGUGUUACUGUACAGAAACACAAAGGGGAUUAGAGCAAGGAUUAGCUCAGAGCUAUCGUAUGUAUCCACAACCUGAUUUUGACUGAAAAUAACCUUGUUGAAUAUAUUCCAUCAUCAGAUUUUCAACCCUUAACAAUCAGAACAGUAUUUUUAAUUUAUUGCUAUUUGUUUAUAUUAUUCUGAAUGUUUUGAUUUGAUUGUAUUGUUGCACUAAGUUACCUCUCUAAACACAGGCACCAGACUGUGUUGUACAUGGGGAAACAUGCUAUAGGCCUUGAUUAUUUGUUCAUUUAGUUAUGUUGGUGCCUUAACCCAAGUACUAACUUUAGUUCUGUUACAUACGAUUUGCUGCUUCAAAGUCAUUUAUUAUUAAUGCUACUUGUUUUGGAAAAGUAUCCAACUUGUCAUAAUCCUUUGAUUCUGUUCCUUUGCAUGAUUAAUCUAUUCUAUGUUGGUAUUUUCAUCCUGUUUGCAUGAAAUAUCGGACUGUCCUCCAUGGUUUCAAUGGAAAGAUUUAUGGUUUGUCACUUGAAAAAUAAUGCUGUGCAGCAUUUAAUUUAACAUCAUUUGUUCAAGACCAUUUGACUCCUUUUUGGAAGGGUUGUUAAUACUUUGUUAGAUUUCAACUGAAGAAUGUACAGAACAUACACUGCCCAAGAUAAACAUGCUCUAUUUUUUGCACACACCAAACGGUUCAAGGAUCAUUUCCCUGUGUUAAUAACGAUUUUUACCCUAUGCUACAUUUCAAUAUUUCUUGUAUUGAGUUAAAUACUUCUCGUUCGUGGUUCCUGAAUGCAAAUACAGCAUUACAGCUGCUCCCUGCUGGUUUAGUGGCACAGGGGAAUGCCUUGCUUUAAUACAGAUCUCUGUAGAAGCCUUGUCAGUCUCAAGUGUCUGUUACAGUGCUUUAUUUUUUCUCUGUAGGGAGUGCAUGCAGAUAUUUUCCCAGCACAAAAUAUUUGUCUAAGCGGAAUUGACGUUUAUGUUGCCUAUAUGUGUAGUGCUAAUGGUUGCCUUGAUUAAUUGUUGAUGCUACACUACAGAUGUUCUAAAUAAACUGCUGGAAAGUG